UUCCUCCAGUCUUUUAGGGAAUUCCCAAGGAGUCAUAACUCUAAUUCUCAAAUUAUUUUGAACUACCAUUUUAUCGAAGCACUAACAGUCCUAUGGUAUUCAUUAACACAUCCUGACAACUGCAUCACUUGAAUUGUGAUAUCAUGUGAGACCACAAUUGUGAAUUAUUCAACAUUAAUUGAAGGCCUUUGCGGUAAAAUCCAGAAAUUUUGGAUGGAGUUCAGAAUGGAAUCGUCCACAGGCUUAUUGCUUUUCCUAACUUUCAUGAUUUUGCAUAGUGAGGAUGUCAAUUGUGGUGGAAGUCAUGCUCAUAAAAAUCCUACCAUAGAGUGGUAUUCGAGAGGUUCAUCAAUAAAAAAAACCAUGGAAGUUACUGAAGCGAAUCCGAAUGUUGACAAUAUCACUAACAUCAAAGAAGAAAACCCACAUCUUCCUCUGGAAUACGGAGUUCCCUACAAAGGGCUGGGAAAGUUAUCAACACCUGAAGAAUGCGCGCGAACAUGUCGAAAAGGAGCUUGGCCGAAGACUUGUUAUUAUCAUUUUACAGUCGAGCUUUACAGAACCCUGGGCGGGGCAUGCACUUUAUGCCGCCCCACGACCAACACAUCACUGAGUACAAACUGUCAGUGUGUGGUUGGUGAUGGGGUUGAUAUGGCUGGUAUCAUGGUAAUUAAUCGAAUGUAUCCAGGACCAUCGAUCCAACUGUGUGUGGGUGAUCUCGCUAUCAUUGAUGUAAGCAACAGAGCCAUUGGCACAUCUAUCACUAUCCAUUGGCAUGGCGUUUAUCAAAAGGAUUAUCAAUACUACGAUGGUGUUCCUUUCGUUACCCAAUGUCCCAUAAUACACGGAACCACUUUUCGAUACAGAUGGCGUGCCCAAAAUGCUGGGACCCAUUUUUAUCAUGCCCAUACAGGUCUGCACAAGCCCGAUGGUCUCGAAGGUGCUGUUAUCAUACGACAACCGAAAUUUGAGGAUCCGAAUAGCGAACAUUUCGACGAUGACAACUUUGACAAUGUAAUUUUCAUUAAUGAUUGGUUCCAUGAAUCAGCCAUUGAUCACUGGCCCGGUACCAGUACGCGAAAUGUUGGUCAAAUACCCCAGAACAUUCUCAUCAAUGGUAAAGGGCAGUGGCUGGACCCUUCAACGGGUAAUUACACUAAUGCGAGUCUGGCUGUUAUCAAUGUCAGGCCCAAUCGUCGUAUUCGAUUCCGACUGAUCAACAGUUCCAGCUGGACUUGUCCUAUUCAGUUCACCAUUCAGAACCAUAACUUAACGCUCAUCGGUACCGAUGGGGAAGAAGUCAAACCGAAGACAGUUACUACUAUUACAUCGUAUUCUGCGGAACGUUAUGACUUCGUUCUCCAUACCAAUCAAACAAUUGGUACCUAUUGGAUCCAAGCUCGGCUGGUACAUUCUUGUGCUUCCGAAAAAAUCACCCAGGUUGCCAUAUUGCGAUACGUCGGUUCGGAAUUAGAUAGUCCAUCAUUAGAAAAACCCAAGUACAAUCCAGGACUGCCAUUAGGAAUCGUGUUUAAUGACGUAAAUCGCAUAUGCAAUGAUACAAAUCCCGGUUUCGUCUGCGUAGUGGAUCUUGAAACAGCAGAUCCAAUUGAUGAGAAAAUCCUAGCGCCCAAGGCAGACAUCAGUAUCCUUCUGUCAUAUAAUUUCCAUUUAUUCUCCGAUGAGGAGCUCUUCAAACCAAAUACCUACACACAGUUCCUAGUUCCCUUUGGCGGUAAUGGCUCAGUUGCUAUGAUUGGGAAUAUCUCGAAUGUAUUUUCCGGAUCGCCUUACUUGACUCAAAUUACUGAUAUCCCAUCCGAGAUGUUAUGCAAUAAGUGUUCACUACCUGACAAGUGCCUCCCAGGAAAGCCAUGUUUCUGUUCACAUAUUAUUCAUCUACCGCUCAAUACAGUCGUUGAAAUUAUUAUGACCGACACUAGCCCAAAUGGAUUGUCUCACCCCUUUCAUCUCCAUGGCUUUGGCCACCACGUAAUGGCCCAGGGCCACUUGAAAGAUGUCAAUAUCACGGAGACUAAUAAAUAUUAUGCUCUGGAGCUCCAUCGGCAAGUGUAUCAAGAUUUUCGAAUGAAACCAAUUGUUAAAGAUACUCUGGCUGUGUCAGCAGGAGGAUACACUAUUAUUCGAUUCAUAGCUGAUAAUCCUGGAUACUGGCUUCAUCACUGUCAUUUUAUGUCUCAUUUAUUAGUCGGAAUGGAAUUAGUUUUUCACGUGGGAAAUAAUUCUGACCUUCCCCCAGUGCCAAAGGGGUUUCCAACGUGUGGAGACUUCAAGCCACGAUCCUGAUAGAUUUUGUAGACUAUUGAUAAUAAAAAAUUUAAAUUUCUGCAGGAAUAA